AUGCCCGGACCGCCCUCCGGCGACAGCGCAUGCCCAUUGCGCACGAUCAAGAGAGUUCAAUUCGGCAUCAUCAGCCCAGAUGAGCUUAAACGGAUGUCGGUCACAGAAGGGGGCAUCAAAUACCCCGAAACAACAGAAGGGGGGCGUCCGAAACUGGGAGGCCUCAUGGACCCAAGACAAGGAGUCAUAGAGCGCAGUGGACGAUGUCAGACAUGUGCAGGCAACAUGACGGACUGCCCGGGACACUUUGGGCACAUCGAACUGGCAAAGCCGGUUUUCCACGUCGGCUUUAUUGCAAAGAUAAUGAAGGUUCUCCGAUGUGUUUGCUUCUUUUGCUCCAAGCUAUUAGUGGACUCGAACAAUCCCAAGAUCAAGGACAUCCUGGCAAAAUCCAAGGGGCAGCCCAGGAAGCGCUUGACCCAUGUGUACGAGCUGUGCAAAGGAAAGAACAUCUGUGAAGGAGGAGAGGAGAUGGACAACAAAUUCGGAAUGGAGCAGCAGGAGACUGAGGAAGACCUCACCAAGGAGAAGGGCCAUGGCGGCUGUGGGCGCUACCAGCCCCGCAUCAGGCGCUCUGGCCUGGAGCUGUACGCCGAGUGGAAGCACGUCAACGAGGACUCGCAGGAGAAGAAGAUCCUGCUGAGUCCCGAGCGCGUGCACGAGAUCUUCAAGCGCAUCGCGGAUGAAGAGGACAUCAUCCUGGGAAUGGACCCCAAGUUCGCCCGCCCGGAGUGGAUGAUUGUGACGGUGCUGCCCGUGCCUCCGCUGGCCGUGAGGCCCGCCGUCGUCAUGCAGGGCUCCGCUCGCAACCAGGAUGACUUGACCCACAAGCUGGCCGACAUCGUCAAGAUCAACAACCAGCUGAGGAGAAACGAGCAGAGCGGCGCCGCCGCUCACGUCAUCGCAGAGGACGUGAAGCUGCUCCAGUUUCACGUGGCCACCAUGGUGGAUAACGAAUUGCCAGGCCUGCCCAGGGCGAUGCAAAAGUCUGGCCGCCCGCUCAAAUCCAUAAAGCAGCGGCUAAAGGGGAAGGAGGGCCGAGUGCGAGGCAACCUGAUGGGUAAGCGUGUGGACUUCUCUGCCCGAACCGUCAUCACGCCGGACCCCAAUCUACAGAUCGACCAAGUGGGCGUGCCGCGAUCCAUCGCUGCCAACAUGACCUUCCCUGAGAUCGUCACACCAUUUAAUAUCGACAGAUUGCAGGAGCUGGUGCGACGAGGAAACAGCCAGUAUCCCGGAGCCAAAUACAUCAUCCGUGACAGCGGAGACCGAAUCGACCUGCGAUUCCAUCCCAAACCAAGUGACCUUCAUCUUCAAAUAGGCUACAAGGUUGAAAGACACAUGUGUGACGGCGACAUCGUCAUCUUUAACCGACAGCCGACGCUACAUAAAAUGUCCAUGAUGGGGCACAGGGUCCGAAUUCUGCCCUGGUCCACCUUUCGACUCAACCUCAGUGUCACCACGCCGUACAACGCCGACUUCGACGGGGACGAGAUGAACCUGCAUCUGCCGCAGUCCCUGGAGACCCGGGCGGAGAUCCAGGAGCUGGCCAUGGUGCCCCGUAUGAUCGUCACGCCUCAGUCCAACAGGCCUGUGAUGGGUAUCGUGCAGGACACGCUCACGGCUGUUCGUAAAUUCACCAAGAGAGACGUCUUCUUAGAGCGGGGUGAAGUGAUGAACCUCCUCAUGUUCCUCUCAACCUGGGAUGGAAAAAUGCCUCAGCCGGCGAUCCUCAAACCCAGACCCUUGUGGACGGGGAAGCAGAUCUUCAGUCUCAUCAUUCCAGGACACAUUAACGUGAUCCGAACACACAGCACGCACCCCGACGACGAGGACAGCGGCCCCUACAAACACAUCUCGCCCGGCGACACCAAGGUGAUAGUGGAGAACGGUGAGUUAAUCAUGGGCAUCCUGUGUAAGAAGUCCCUGGGAACGUCGGCCGGCUCGCUUGUCCACAUCUCCUACCUGGAGAUGGGUCACGACAUCACCCGGCUUUUCUACUCCAACAUUCAGACGGUGGUCAACAACUGGCUGCUCAUCGAGGGUCAUUCCAUUGGUAUUGGUGACUCUAUUGCUGAUGCGAAGACAUACCUGGACAUCCAGAACACCAUCAAGAAAGCCAAACAGGAUGUGAUCGAAGUCAUUGAGAAAGCCCACAACAACGAGCUGGAGCCGACGCCCGGUAACACUCUGCGCCAGACCUUCGAGAACCAGGUUAACCGUAUCCUCAACGACGCCCGUGACAAGACGGGGUCGUCUGCCCAGAAGUCUCUGUCCGAGUACAACAACUUCAAAUCCAUGGUGGUGGCCGGAUCCAAGGGUUCAAAGAUCAACAUCUCGCAGGUUAUCGCUGUGGUGGGGCAGCAGAACGUUGAGGGUAAACGAAUCCCCUUCGGCUUCAAGCACCGCACGCUGCCUCACUUCAUCAAGGACGACUACGGCCCUGAGAGCAGGGGCUUCGUGGAGAACUCCUACCUGGCCGGCUUGACGCCAACGGAGUUUUUCUUCCACGCCAUGGGAGGCAGGGAGGGUCUGAUCGACACGGCUGUCAAGACAGCCGAGACUGGUUACAUCCAGCGUCGUCUGAUCAAAUCUAUGGAGUCUGUGAUGGUGAAGUACGACGGCACGGUGCGAAACUCCAUCAACCAGGUGGUGCAGCUGCGCUACGGCGAGGACGGCCUGGCCGGAGAGAACGUGGAGUUCCAAAAUGUGGCGACGUUGAAGCCCUCGAACAAAGCCUUUGAAAAGAAGUUUCGGUUCGACUGCACCAACGAGCGCGCGCUGAGGCGGACGCUGCAGGAAGACGUGGUGAAAGACGUACUCACCAACGCUCACGUGCAAAGCGCUUUGGAGAAGGAGUUCGACAAGAUGAAGGAGGACAGGGAGGUCCUGCGAACCAUUUUCCCCACCGGGGACAGCAAGGUGGUGCUGCCGUGCAACCUGGCCAGAAUGAUUUGGAACGCUCAGAAGAUCUUUCGCAUCAACACCCGGACGCCGACAGACCUGAAUCCCCUCAGGGUGGUGGAAGGAGUCCAUGAGCUCAGCAAGAAGCUGGUCAUCGUGAACGGCGACGACCCUCUCAGCAGGCAGGCUCAGCAGAACGCCACCCUGCUCUUCAACAUCCACCUGCGCUCCACGCUCUGCUCCAAGCGCAUGACGGAGGAGUUCCGCCUGUCCACCGAGGCCUUCGACUGGCUGCUGGGAGAGAUCGAGACCAAGUUCAACCAGUCCAUCGCUCAUCCGGGUGAAAUGGUGGGCGCCCUGGCUGCCCAGUCGCUGGGAGAGCCAGCCACCCAGAUGACCCUGAACACCUUCCACUACGCCGGCGUGUCGGCCAAGAACGUCACGCUGGGCGUGCCCCGUCUGAAGGAGCUGAUCAACAUCUCCAAGAGGCCCAAGACGCCGUCGCUGACCGUCUUCCUGCUCGGUCAGGCCGCGCGCGACGCUGAGAGGGCCAAGGACAUUCUCUGUCGACUUGAGCACACUACGCUGCGGAAGGUGACGGCCAACACCGCCAUCUACUACGACCCCAACCCUCAGAACACGGUGGUGUCCGAGGACCAGGAGUGGGUCAACGUCUACUACGAGAUGCCCGACUUCGACGUGACGCGCAUCUCCCCCUGGCUGCUGCGCAUCGAGCUCGACCGCAAACACAUGACGGACCGCAAGCUGACCAUGGAGCAGAUCGCAGAGAAGAUCAACACAGGUUUUGGAGACGAUCUGAACUGUAUCUUCAACGACGACAACGCCGAGAAGCUCGUGCUGCGAAUCAGAAUCAUGAACACCGACGAGAACAAGUUCCAAGAGGACGAGGAGGUGGUGGACAAGAUGGACGACGACGUGUUUCUGAGAUGCAUCGAGUCCAACAUGUUGACGGACAUGACUCUGCAGGGCAUCGAGCAGAUCAGCAAGGUGUACAUGCAUUUGCCUCAAACCGACAACAAGAAGAAGAUCAUCAUCACCGAAGACGGAGAAUUCAAAGCCCUGCAGGAGUGGAUUCUGGAGACGGACGGAGUGAGCCUCAUGAGGGUGCUCAGCGAGAAGGACGUUGAUCCCGUCAGGACCACCUCCAACGACAUCGUGGAGAUCUUCACUGUGUUGGGAAUUGAGGCCGUGCGAAAGGCGCUGGAGAGAGAGCUGUACCACGUCAUCUCCUUCGACGGCUCCUACGUCAACUACCGCCACUUGGCGCUGCUGUGCGACACCAUGACGAGCCGCGGCCACCUGAUGGCCAUCACCCGCCACGGCAUCAACCGGCAGGACACGGGGCCGCUCAUGAAGUGCUCCUUCGAGGAGACGGUGGACGUGCUGAUGGAGGCGUCCUCCCACGGGGAGAGCGACCCCAUGAAGGGCGUCUCGGAGAACAUCAUGCUGGGCCAGCUGGCCCCCGCGGGGACGGGCUGCUUCGACCUGCUGCUGGACGCCGAGAAGUGUAAAUACGGCAUGGAGAUCCCGACCAACAUCCCCGGCAUCAGCGUGGCCGGACCCACCGGUAUGUUCUUUGGCACGGUGCCGAGUCCCAUGAGCGGGAUGUCUCCUGCCAUGACCCCCUGGAACACGGGGGCCACACCAGCGUACGGCGCCUGGUCCCCCAGCGUUGGAAGCGGCAUGACACCCGGAGCGGCAGGCUUCUCCCCCAGCGCCGCCUCGGACGCCACCGGCUUCUCUCCGGGUUACUCCCCAGCCUGGUCGCCCACCCCAGGGUCCCCGGGGUCGCCGGGCCCGGCGAGUCCGUACAUCCCCUCUCCAGGUGGAGCAAUGUCACCGAACUACUCCCCCACCUCCCCCGCCUACGAGCCCCGCUCUCCGGGGGGCUACACCCCCCAGAGCCCGGGCUACUCCCCGACGUCCCCCUCCUACUCCCCCACCUCCCCCUCCUACUCCCCCACCAGCCCCAACUACAGCCCCACAUCUCCCUCCUACUCGCCCACCUCGCCCAGCUACUCGCCCACCUCCCCGUCCUACUCACCCACGUCGCCGUCUUACUCGCCCACCUCCCCGUCCUACUCGCCCACCUCCCCGUCCUACUCCCCCACCUCCCCCUCCUACUCGCCCACGUCGCCCAGCUACAGCCCCACCUCGCCGAGCUACAGCCCCACGUCGCCCAGCUACUCGCCCACCUCGCCGUCGUACUCGCCCACCUCGCCCUCCUACUCCCCCACGUCGCCGUCGUACUCCCCCACCUCCCCCUCCUACUCCCCCACCUCUCCUUCCUACUCGCCGACGAGCCCCAGCUACAGCCCCACGUCGCCGAACUACACCCCCACCUCGCCCAGCUACUCCCCUACCUCGCCCUCCUACUCCCCCACCUCCCCCUCCUACUCCCCGACCUCGCCCAACUACACCCCGACCAGCCCCAACUACUCGCCCACCUCCCCCUCGUACUCCCCCACCUCCCCCUCCUACUCCCCGUCCAGUCCGCGCUACACCCCGCAGUCGCCCACCUACACCCCCAGCUCGCCGUCGUACAGCCCCAGCUCCCCCUCCUACUCCCCCACCUCCCCCAAAUACACCCCCACCUCGCCCUCGUACAGCCCCAGCUCCCCGGAGUACACCCCCACCUCUCCCAAAUACUCCCCCACCUCGCCGAAGUACUCCCCGACGUCUCCCAAGUACUCGCCCACCUCCCCCACCUACUCCCCCACCACUCCAAAAUACAGCCCGACUUCCCCGACCUACUCCCCCACCUCGCCCACCUACACCCCCACCAGCCCCAAGUACUCCCCCACCUCGCCCACCUACUCCCCGACCUCCCCCAAGUACUCCCCCACCUCGCCCACGUACUCGCCCACUAGCCCCAAGGGCUCCACGUACAGCCCCACCUCCCCGGGGUACAGCCCCACCUCUCCCACCUACAGCCCCACCAUCAGCCCCGACGACAGCGACGACGAGAACAACUGAAGCGCCGCCGCCGCUGAGGAGGAGGAGACGGCGAGGCGGCUGAGGGCAGGGGGGGCGCCGCCGCCUCACGUCUUGACAACCAAAGGACAGCGCCGGAGGCGGCGGCGCUUCGAGCCUCCGGCGUCCCAACUGUGAUCAAGAUCUCCACCUUCUAACCACCGAACCCCCCCGCCCCCAAAAAAAAAAAAAAAAUUAAAAACUUACGUGGAAGACUUGAACUGCUUUGCCUGAAGGAAAAAAAAAAGGCUGCCUUUUUGAAAUAGUUUUUUUUAAUAUUCUCGUGGGGUGUUGAAGCAAAUACUGAGAAUCUCCCAGAGGGAGAGGAGAAGACGAGGGGGGGGGAUGACCCCCCUCUCUCCAGUCUCUCUCUCUGUCUCUCAUUCUCUAAACGGCGUGUCGUCCUUUCCUGGAAAGCGUACAUAUUGCCAAAAGCCUUUCUUGAAAAAGCUAAGUGGAUUGUAUUAAUCACUAAAACAUAAGCUCUAAAGGAGGCGGAGGAGGCGAGGCUCAGGCCUCGUUUACUGCGGCGCGUCUCGCCUCAGAUUGUCGAAGAAACCGCGGUCGUACGUGCAUCCUGCGGGAGAACCUGAAGAGAGAAGAAGAGACGUUUCACUCUGAACUACAUAGACGUGUGUAGCCAUCUUCGUCGCCGCCGCCGCCGCCCUCCCUCCCCCUCUUCCUCCUCCACACCCCACAGACCUGAAAGAUGUCACGACAGACGCCCACCAGCAUCCUCUCGUCCUCUGCCAUCGUGGAGACUUUGUUGCAUCAGAAGCAAAAACUUUUCCAGAUACUCUUCCCUCAACGCUGGGAAGUCAAAUAUUUCUAUUAAAAAAAAGAAGAAAAAAAAAGAAUAUUGAGAAUAAUAAUUCUGCCUUUAAUUUUGAGUUUAGAAGGAA